GGAACCAUGAUUCUUUUAAUCAACGAAAAAUAAUAAUAAAAAAAAAAGACCAACGAAAACGAUGUGAAAAGGCGCUUGAAAGCAUACUAAAGCAAAGGUGCUCUUAUCAGCAUGUGUCGUUCGUCGUCUAUCUAUCUGACGUCUUUGCUAAAAAGAUAAAAAUAACCGUUUGGCAAAAACGAAUCCUCAUAAUGACAGGAUAUACUACAAAAAUAUGAAUGUCUAAGGAUUCCAUUUUUUUAUUUUCGUUUUCAUUUUUUUUUUUUUUUGGAAAGUGCUUCAUUUUGAAUACCAAGUAUACUUUGUUUACACUUACUUUGGCAUGUCAAAUGUCCUUAAAAAUAAAAGGAGGGUUCGUUCACAAGAUGUUUCAAAGGAUUCUCUUUCUGUCGAAAAAGGGAUUCAUAGAAAAUGCCGCGAGUUAGACCGCAAAAAGAAAGAUGCUUUUUUCUUCGUUAGGAAAGGGUGCAUCUUUGAAGUUUUUUUGUUUUGUUUGUUAUUUUUUUGAAUUAGCUAUUCACUUUGAUAAAAAAAGUCAUAUUAUAUCCUUUGAAACAAAACCAAAGUAUAUUUCUAGGAUAUUUACAUUCAUGACUUUUACACAUAGAAAUAUCAAACGAAAUGAAGCUUUGGGGUAUAUUCAAGCCCUUUUUUUAGGCUAUUUUGAAUGGUUAAUAGCUCAAACUCAAAUACUACUUUGAAAUCUCUCUCGAAAGAAGGACAAAAAAAAUACAAACAAAAACAUAAAUAUCCAAAAGAAAAUAUGAAAUAAGAAUAAUGAAUAAUUAUAUGAUUUUUUCCUUCUGAAUAAAUAAGCCUGUCUCUGAUUUUUUCUUUAUUUUUUUUUUUUGCCUCGUGUAGCUUAAUUUCUCCGGACUUGAAGAAGAAGUUCCCUUUGAUGUGUUGAGCAGGGCAUGAUAUGAAUAAUAAAUAAAAAGAAGAAGAAAAAUACAAAAUAAAUAACAAAAAAAAAAUAAGAAAAAGAAAAAAAAAAUGUUGAAAAAAUAAAUAAAAAGGAUAUAAAAGGAAGAAAAAAAAAAUCAGUGCCAAUUUUCUUUUUGCCAAUGAUAUACAACAAAAAAAUAAAAAUACAAUAAAAGUGUGAUGUUAUCUACUUUUUUAAUAAUUCUGGUGUAAUUUUGUGCGGUAUAGUGCUCAUUUUUUCGUUGUUGUUGGUUUUUUUUGAAGUUUUUAAAGUGUCAUCAAGAUUAUUUGAAAAAAUAAAAAUUCAGAUUAAAAAGAAGCAAAAAAGUAGGUUAAUUGAUUUUGGUGUAACGCACAGUGAGAAGCUGAAGAAUUCUCAAUUGGAUUACCAUCAUAUCUUGUUGUAGGCGGCGUUCGAAGAAGCGGUAAAAUCAUUUGGCGGUCUGUUUUAGUAUUGAAAGUAUUUUUGCGGGGAAUGCAAGAAAGAGAUGGAUAAAUGAACCACACACUAUGAGGGGCGAAAUGCCCCAAUGUUAGUAGCAAUUAUGCUUACGAAGAAACAGCUGCUGUGUUCAACAUCAUCAACAGUUAUAACGAAAAGAAAAAGAAGAAAUACAGCAAAAAUAAUAACAACAACAACAAGAACAACACAAAAAACAAAAACAACGGACGAUCGAAACAGAAUAAGCCAAAUGAAGCGAAUUCAAGAAAUCGAAUGCAAAAUUAAAAAAAAUACCAAUCGCCAAUAACAUCUGCUUCAACAUUCUAUACAAAAACUCGUCGUACAAAACAAAACAUAAAUAUAUAUAAAAAUAUACACAAACACACAUACUUUCUGUCUUUCUCUCUCAUAUACUAUUUCACUCAGCAGCAGCAGCAGGAGCAACCAUUAAAAAAAGAAAAAUAUUUUCGUUGUCAAAGUUUAAGGAAUUUACUAUACCAUCUCAUCUCUCUAACCACUACCGCCAUCAAAUCUAACAGCUAAACAUCUUAACAUCCAGUAUCUAAAGUAAGCAGACAUUUCUACUCUGUUCUGUGCUGUGCUGUUCUGUGUGAUCCUGAGAGUUAAGGACCAAAAAUCUAGCAUCGCUUCGUGACUUUACACCCCUUCAGAGCUGUCGUGCUGUUAAAGGAUUCAGAUCAUCAUCAUCAUCAUCCUCGUCGUCGUCAUCAUCCCCAUAAGUACCAUCACAUUGGAUAUAUAGAAACACAAGAACAGAGCACCACCGACUUCGAUAUAAUUCCAUAUAAAAGUUCAGAAGAAGAAAAAAAAAACAAGGAUAAUAAUAUCCCACAUACGCCACAGAGAACCGAAAAUAAUACGCAGGACUUAGACACAAAUCCUUCAAUUGACGUCGAUACAUGAGCACAAAUUCGGUCCAAAAACACACACUCACUCACACACACAAGGACACCCACAAGUGAAUAUGUGAAAUGUCGAAAAUCCACACAUCAAUGUGUUUGCGCCAAAAAAGGACCAAUAUGUACAGUACACCCCACAGCACCAAAAAGAACGUCAAAUAAAAUACAAUAAAAGUUCUGAAUAGAGGCCAAGACCAUCAUCAUCAUCAUCAGUCCUAGAAAACUCAGAUCUACCAACACUAACUCUGGCGAGGAGAAAGGGAAAACAAAUAGGAAUUGUGGCAGUGGCAGCAUUCAAACACUGCCAUUAUUCGGUUAUUUUUUUGUUUUGUUUUUCUUUUUUUUCUUUUUGAAAAAUUUAUCUUUUUAGUUUUUCUUUUUUAUUUCUUUUAAUUUUUUUUUCAUCGUAUUUUUUUGUUUGCUUCAAAAUAAAAACACACACAUAAAAAACAAAAAAAAAAAACGAAAAGUAAACGGAAGUUGCCACCGAAAUGAGCAUGGAGACUAAAACACUAUUAAGGGAUGCCUUUGGUUACGUUUUUAUUGACAACGGCAGCCCAGAUUCAUAUCUCAUCUCCAACGAGGUAGAUAGCUAUUUUCUCAACAACUCAACUCUGCAAGAUGGCAACAUCGGGGCAUUAUUCAACGACAGCAAUAAUAGCAGCAAUUCUAACGCUAACCUGUUCCUAUUCAAUACUAGCAUUAAUCAGAGCGGCCUUUUUGAUAACAACAAUGAGACCGAUACCACCGCCGAGGAUAUUACAGAGCUCGUACGAAUGGCACUAACAUCUGUGUUGCUGGGCUUAAUGAUUCUUAUAACAAUUAUUGGCAACGUUUUUGUAAUUGCAGCUAUAAUUCUGGAACGGAACUUGCAAAAUGUUGCUAAUUAUCUGGUCGCUUCGCUGGCCGUUGCGGAUUUAUUUGUAGCCUGCUUAGUGAUGCCAUUGGGUGCUGUUUAUGAGAUAAGUCAAGGAUGGAUACUUGGACCAGAGUUAUGUGACAUUUGGACUUCGUGUGAUGUCCUGUGUUGUACGGCUUCCAUUUUACAUUUAGUAGCUAUAGCGACAGACAGAUACUGGGCGGUAACGAAUAUAGACUAUAUGCAUUCGCGAACAAGUAAACGAGUGUUCAUAAUGAUAUUUUUCGUUUGGUUUUGUUCGGUGAUUGUAUCACUAGCGCCGCAAUUCGGUUGGAAAGAUCCUGAAUACCUGCAAAGAAUUGAACAACAAAAAUGUAUGGUAUCACAGGAUGUCUCAUAUCAGGUUUUUGCGACGUGUUGCACGUUCUAUGUUCCACUCACAGUGAUAUUAGUGUUAUAUUGGAAAAUUUAUCAAACAGCGAGAAGACGGAUACACCGACGACGACCACGACCAAUUGAUGUAUCUGCAAAUAAUAAUCAGCCUGCGCUAUCACAAAAAAAGAGAAAUCGCUUAAAACUUCGGAUAGGGAAAUGCUCAGAUAAAGGAAAAUCAGCUGCCUCGUCCUUGGGCUUAGUCGAGGGUAUUUCAACAAACACAGUUAACACAGUCGAGGACACCGAAUUUAGCAGUAGUAAUUUGGACAGCAAAAGCCGCGGCGGCACAGAGGUGACUACCAAUUUUUCUAAUCACUAUGAGGCACCCACAUCAUCCACUAGUCAAAUUUCAACCGUUUCUCAUCUCGUAGCAAUAGCCAAUCAAACAGCGAACAAAACUGAACAUAAUCAAAAUUUACAACAGCAACAGCAAAACCAACCGCAGCAAAUGGCUCAAACCCCCACAUCAAUAUCGACGUCAACGUCAACGUCGACAUCGACGACGAUAACGACAACAGCCACUGCUGCGGUAGCGGCGGCAACAACUGACCGAGCAACCGUAAUCCCCAGUGAUGUCCUUGAAGAGCCCCAUCACGAAUUGUCCGAGACACAUAGUCAAGCUGCCGCCGACGCCGCCGCCGCCAUCACCUCACAACAACAACCACCACCACAUGCCACCACCUCAACAGCAACAACAAUCACCUCAAUAUCAGCGCUCUCACCCCAAACUCCAGUCAAUCCGGUAGGGGGCGCUGUACCUACCGGCUUGUCAUCCUCAUCGAAUCAGGUGACACCGGUGCCACAAAACAAGCAAUCUCAUCAAAACCUGUCAAGUAUACCAAAUCCCCAAUCGAAGGUGACCAAACGCAAAGAGACCCUCGAAGCGAAGCGCGAACGUAAGGCGGCCAAAACUUUGGCCAUUAUAACGGGGGCAUUUGUAGUGUGCUGGCUGCCGUUCUUCCUGAUGGCCCUGCUGCUGCCACUUUGUGAAGACUGUAAUUUCAGUGAUGCUGCUGCCUCGUUCUGCCUCUGGCUCGGCUAUUUCAAUUCGACCCUCAAUCCGGUCAUCUAUACGAUUUUUAGUCCUGAGUUUCGGCAGGCUUUCAAGCGUAUUCUCUUCGGGGGACAUCGGCCCGUACACUAUCGCAGUGGGAAGAUAUGAACAUGGCCUAUUGCUGCACUGCUUCUGUCCUUGGUUGUUAUAAGUGUUGUUGUUGUUUAUGAGGGAUGGCGUCAACGGUGAUUCUCAUCAAAAUUACGAUUUUCAAUUGCCCCUCCUGGACUUCAAAAUACUUCCCAAAGACUUCGGGCCCAGGAGAAGGGCAGUACUUAUACAUAUAAACACAUUUAUUUAUAUAAGCAAAAUAAUAUGUAAAAUCAUGUUUCAUUUUGACACAUAAAUUUAUGAUUUAUCUAUAUUCAAAUUAAAAAAAAAAAAAAAUAUUUUUUUAUAUUUUUGUAUUCUAUUCAAAACAAAUAAACAAAAAUAAAAAAUGUUCAUCAAAUGUGUAAAUCAAAUCAACAAAACAAAGAAAACAGUUAGUAAAUUUUUUUCAUGUAAAUAGAAUAAAUGUGUAUCUAUAUAUAAAUUAUAAACUCUGUAAAA